AUGCAUAAUAAUGAUGAAAUCGACAAAGACACCAAGAAGCCAGAAAUGAUUAUGGAUUAUAAUACCACCAAAGGAAGAGUUGAUACUGUCGACAAAUUAUGCGCCAGUUAUUCGGCGAAAAGAGUAGCAAGAAGAUGCCCGAUGGUAAUUUUUUAUCACAUAAUGAACAUAGCUGGGAUCAACACUCAGAUAUUGUUUACUUCAGGAUUACCAUCAGAAGCUGCUGAUCGAAGAAUUUUCUUUCUAAAAAAUCUAGCUCAAGAUCUGAUGAAAGAACAAUUGUAUGCCAAGUCAGAGAUAAAAAAUCUUCUCAUUGACGUAAAAGCUUUUAUAAGCCUUCGUUUUCCGAAAAGAUCUAUUGAAGACGUCGAAGAGGCGGCUACCUCUUCAGAUGCAGUGCCCACAUAA